AUGGCAAACAAGUUUGGAUUAGGGUCUUUACCUCUAGAAUCUAAAAAUCCCAUGACGGCGUUUAUGAACAAAGCGAAACCUUUUUUCGUGGAUCAAAUUGGAGACACCUUACAAGGGGAUAUCGAUAUGAACAAUUUCAAAAUAACUAAUUCAAAGUUUCCAGGAAACGAUAACGAUGCCGUGAACAAGAAAUAUUUACUGGAUCAAAUGAACGCAAUUCAAAUAGAUAAGGACCAUGUUGAAAAGAGAAUAACUGACGUGAAAAGAUACUUCAGACGAAAUAUUAAAAAUUAUGUGGACGAACCCAAACUACAACAAGAGUUAACGAGUUUGAAAGGUCUUAUUCAAGUGAAUAAAACAAACCAGUUGCAAAAUUUAAUAUCUAAAUUAGACGAAGAGAUUACGAAGGUAAAAAUAGACGUCCAACGUUUAAUAGAUAACCCAAAUGUAAACGAGGAUAGAUUGAAGCGAAAACUAAACGCUUUGGAAAGAAAACUUGGCGAAAGCAGCGGAUUGCUAGCAGAACUAGACAAGAUUGAUUCCGUGGACAAAACUUAG